AUGUUGUCGAAAUUGGUUAGUAGACAAGUCAUCAAUCAAGGCCUUCGUCUUGCCAAUCGAACUGCUUCGACAGUUGCUCAACAGAAGAUCGUUGGUGAUCGUAAUCCUGACAUUAAACACCAGAAAUUAUUUAUUAACAAUGAAUUUGUUGACGCAUACAGUAAAAAUGUCUUCGAAGUUCUUAAUCCGUCUACCGGCGAUGUCCUCACUGAAGUUGCUGAUGCAUCAGACAAAGAUGUAGAUCGAGCUGUAAAAGCUGCCAAAGACGCUUUUCGGCUUGGUUCAGAGUGGCGUCGUAUGGAUCCAGCAGCUCGUGGUGCUCUACUCAAUAAACUUGCCGAUCUUAUCGAACGUGACCGAGCUUAUCUUGCUGCUUUAGAAACAUUGAAUAACGGUAAACCAUUUCAAGAUUCGUACAAUGUUGAUAUUCCUCACUGUGUUGCCGUUCUCCGUUAUUAUGCCGGAUGGCCAGAUAAAAUGAAUGGUAAAGUUUUACCUGUUGGAGGAGAUUUCUUUUCGUAUACACGACGGGAACCUGUCGGUGUUGUUGGCCAAAUUAUUCCAUGGAACUUUCCAAUGAUUUUACUCUGCUGGAAAAUUGGUCCAUCCGUCGCAGCUGGUUGCACAAGUAUUAUUAAACUCGACGAACAUACACCACUCACUGGACUUUACACCGCGGAAUUAAUCAAAGAAGCGGGAUUUCCGCCAGGUGUUAUUAACAUCUUAUCUGGUGAUGGGCCACAUUGCGGUGCAUCUCUGGUUAAACAUCCUGAUGUUCACAAAAUUGCUUUUACUGGUUCAACACAAGUCGGAAAAAUCAUCGGUGCUGAAACGGCAAAAUUAGUCAAGCGUACAACGCUUGAAUUGGGAGGAAAAUCACCCAAUAUUGUCUUUGCUGAUUGUGAUCUUGAUACCGCAGUAGAAAUGUCGCAUUUCGCUCUAUUUUUCAAUCAAGGUCAAUGCUGUUGCGCUGGAUCACGUACGUAUGUCCAAGAGGAUAUUUAUGAUGAAUUCGUCCAGCGAAGUGUUGAACGUGCAAAACGACGAAAAGUUGGCGAUCCGUUCGAUGAUACUACUGAACAAGGACCACAAAUCAGUCAUGAGCAAAUGGAUAAGAUUUUAGAUUUAAUCGAUUCAGGAAAGCGUGCAGGUGCGAAACUACAAAUUGGUGGUCAACGAGCAGGUGACAAGGGUUUUUUUGUUCAACCAACCGUCUUCAGUGACGUUAAUGAUAAUCAUCGUAUUGCUCGAGAAGAAAUUUUCGGACCAGUGAUGCAAAUCCUUAAAUUUAAGACCGUCGAUGAAGUAAUCGAGCGCGCCAAUGACUCAGAUUUUGGUCUAGCUGCUAGUGUUUUCAGUAAAGAUUUGGACAAAGCUAUCGUUGUUAGCAAUGGCUUACGUGCCGGAUCAGUUUGGGUCAAUACUUAUGACAACUUUGAUCCUGCUGCGCCAUUUGGUGGCUUCAAACAAAGUGGUCUCGGUCGUGAGAAGAGUGAAUAUUCACUUGACUCCUAUACCGAAACCAAAUGCCAACUCGUUUGUGUUUUGAAUAAUGAUAUGGAUGAGAAACUAAUGCAACAAUUCAACGAACGUUUAUGCUUUGGCCUCCAACGUAUUCGAUUACUCAACGAUGAUACAAAUGCGACGAAUGAUUUUGUCAACAGAGUUCGAAGUGAUCUAGUCGAGCGAUAUCAAUUACGUAACAAUUAUUUUCGCCGCAACUUUCUCAUCGUUCUUCAUGAUCGAUGUACGAUCAAAUCUGAGAAGAAAUAUUUUCAAUUGAAAGAGAAACAACAUGAUCGAUCGAUGCAGUUCUACAAAAAAAUCUUCAAUAUUCAAUUUUUAGAGAAUAUCGAUCAAUAUCAACAGCAAUACCAUCAAUCGAUUCAAAUUUUGAACGAACUGCGAACGACUGUUGAACAAUAUAGUGUACAAAUUGAGAUUCUAAAACAAAAAAUUCACGAACAAACAAACCAAGUUUCUGUUUAUUCGAACGAACUUUUUCAACUUCAAUUUGAUCAAGUUUUACUUCAGUCGAAUAUUCAACAACUAAAACAACAAAUUCGAUUCGAAGAACAAUUCUACACUGAGCAAAAAUCCAUCGUCACUUCUCGAACUGAUGACUUAUCUUACUUUUUCUACGAAUGCGAAAAUCUGUCAAAAGAACUCGCUCAGAUCAAAAUUGAUAUUCAACAAAACUCGCAAUACAUCUCGACGAUCAACGAGAGUAAAAACCAACCUUUGCUUCUUCCACGAACCAUCCCAUCAGAAGAAAUUCAUUAUCUGUCUCUUUCGCCCAUAGCUCAAACUCAACAACAGUUACCAAUCGAAUUGAAUAACAAGCAAACUGAAUGGACGAAAUGUGAAGCGAGAAAAAAACCAGACAUAAAAGGAAGUCUGCUCAAUGUUGGUUGA